AGUCGCCAUGGCCGAGCCCUUUUCCUCUCUCUCGCCCACUUCAUCAAAGGGGAACGAAACCAAAGCAGACCUAGGAAAGCAAAGCCAGGCAGCAGCAAUGGCGACCCCGCCGCUCGCCGCGGUGCUCCUCGUCCUCCUCGUCGUCUGCGCCGCCUUCCCGUCGUCUCACCCGCUGGCCUUGGGACUCGAAUCGCCGCCCGCGGCUGAGGCUGCGGCUGCCUCUUCCCCGUUCGACGCGGCGCUGGCGGCGCUGGAGAAGCGGAUCGGGUACGGGUUCCGGUCGCCGGGGCUGCUGCGGAGGUCCAUGACGCACGCCUCCUACUCCCGGGAGAACGGGCGGGCGCUGGCGGUGCUGGGCCUGGCCUGCGCGCAGUCGGCGGCCGCGCUCCGGGUGCUCGCCGCCGACCGCGACGCCGCCGCGUCCGCCGUCUCGCGCGGGACCCGCGACGCCGCGGGGGAGGCCGCCUGCGCCGCGGCGGGGCAGCGCGUCGGGAUCCCCUCCAUCGUGCGCGUCGCCGGCGGGACCAAGGCCUCCGCGGCGCCAGUCGUCUGCGGCGCCCUCCGCGCCCUCGUCGGCGCCGUCGCCCUCGACAACGGCACCGCCGACGCCGCCGGGGAGGUCUUCUGGAGGCUCCACGACCUCGCCGCCGCCGAAUCCGCAACCGCCGCCAUGUGAUGAAGAUGGUUUCCCACUCGCGCUUCAGUUGUUCACUAGAACCACCAGUCCAGUAGUGUGCAAGUGUGUUCUAGGCUGGUGAAGCUGCUGCUGUAAUCAAAUCGUAUGAAAUGAAAUUAUGAACUGCCACUUUGAGCUUUUGCAUGAUUA